GAUAAAGUGCUUUGAUAAGUUAUCUUCAGAUAAUAGUAACUGGCAAAAUUAGCCUUUAAGAAAACACUUAGCACCUUAGUGCGAAGGAAAUGUGGGUGUUUUGUUGACUUCAGCUUAUGCUACUUUAGCUAGUUCCUUGCUGAUUUGUGCUCUGGGCUCAUGGCUCCCAAGUACAAGCUAACUUACAUUAACAGGAAGGGCAUUGCAGAAUAUGUCAGAUACCUACUUGCCUACUUAGGAGAGGACUUUGAGGACGUCAGGCUGGACUACGACAAGUGGAAGAGUGGUAGCUUGAAACACACCACUCCCUUUGGCAGGAUACCGUACCUGGAGGUAGAUGGCAAAGUCCUUACGCAGACUAUAGCCAUCGCUCGCUACCUCGGCAAGGAGGCAGGACUUGGUGGCAGGAACAACUGGGAAGAUAUGCAGAUUGACAUCAUGGCUGACACCAUCGUGGAUUUGCGAACUCCAAUUACACUAUUUAUGUUCGACGCUGAUGAAAAAGCUAAGAAAAUCAAGAGGGAUGCUUACGUCAAUGAAAUGUUACCUUUUUACAUGAAGAAACUAGAUGCUGUGGUGAAGGAAAAUGAAGGAUAUUUAGCAAAUAAAAAGCUAUCAUGGGCAGAUUUUGUGUUUGCCUCAUUCAUUGAAUUUGUGAAUGACAACUGUGACAUACCAGACCCGGUCACAGAGUAUCCCCACCUCAAAAAGCUACAGCAGACAGUGUUCAGCCUCCCGCAGAUCAAGAAAUGGCGGACUGAUCGACCUCACACUCACCAUUAGCAAUUGAUUUGACACCUGGGAAAAUAUACAUCUCUCAAAUUUGGCUUGCUGAAUGAAUUGUUUUGUAAACCAAACAUGCAAGUCCUUUUCAUGAAUAAAUUUCCUAGCAUCUGGAGAAGAAUCAGUGUUGUCAUAAUAUGAGCUGAUUCACAUACAUAAGAAAGUUCAUGAUAUUUCAUCUUUAGAUUUGCCAAACUAUUGUAAUUUUUCAUAUUGGUUUUUAUGAAUUAAGUGUUUGGGAAAACUAUUUCUUGUACAAAUUAUGAUAAGUUGCUGUUUGUCUACUAGAAGAUGUUAAUGUAAGAAUAAUUAUCUAUCUUUUUUUUUACAUAAAAUAUUUUUAUAUUUUGUUUUCAUAUACUUCAAACUAUCCACUACGAUGUUAA